AUGGAGGCUACGCCUGGCGCCUGGGGGGUGAUUCUCGAUCACUUCAUUACCGAUUCUACCUUUCCGAAGGCGACUCGAAUUGACUAUGCAUUCAUCGGAGGGCUGUCCAUCUCCCAAGCCCUUCUUAUCGGACCGCUUGUGCAUAAGGCACAAGGUGUCGUCGGGACAAGAGUACUUCUCUUACUGGGAACUCUUCUACUUUCUGCUUCCAUGCUUGGGGCUGCUUACGCACACGAGGUCUGGCAUCUCUUUCUCUCCCAAGGCAUUUGUUUCGGGUUCGGAAUGGGACUUCUCUAUAUUCCCUCAAUGUCGGUGUUGCCACAUUGGUUUUCGAGUCACAGAAGCCUUGCUAUGGGUAUCGCAGCAUCGGGUGCUGGCAUUGGCGGAAUUGUAUAUAACCUCGCGACAAGCUACAUCAUUCAACACCUUGGAUGGCGUACUGCAUACAAGAUUCUGGCGGGUUGCUCUCUGGGAGCCAAUCUCAUGUCGUCACUGCUCCUCAAGGCGCGAAAAUCCCAACACAAUCAGCAAACUUACGCCCUUGAUCCCCGCGACUUAAAGCGUCCUGAGGUUCUUUUUGUGAUCUUUUGGGGAAUGACAACCGAGUUCGGGUAUAUCGCCUUAUUCUAUUCAUUGCCCAACUAUGCCACCUCUAUUGGCUUGACAGCCAACCAAGGAUCUGUCGCUGGAGCCAUGCUCAAUGUGGGCAUGACAGUUGCCCGCCCCCUCGUUGGCUAUGUCAGCGAUAGAUUUGGUAGGAUUACUGUGCCUACUAUCCUGACAGCCUUCUGCAGCGUGGUAUGCUUAGCCAUCUGGAUACCUGCAAACUCUUAUGCCGUCCUGUUAGUCUUUGCCUUCCUAUCCGGUAUGGUUUGUGGCACAUUCUGGGCGACUAUAACUCCCGUUUUGGCCGAGGUCGUCGGCCUGGGUCGUAUGUCACGUACCUUUGCCAUCACUUGCCUGGCUUUGGUCGUUCCCACCACUGUCGCUGAGCCGGUUGCCCUCAGUCUUGUCAAAGGCUCUGGGUAUUUACAUACGCAGAUAUUUGUUGGGUGUAUGUUUCUUUUAGGAUCUUGGGGUCUUUGGACUCUGCGGUGCUGGAAGUGUUUUGACAUUGAAAGGAAGGCCUCCUUUGAAGAGGGGUUCGGUGCCGGUAGAUCGUCCACAUUUCUGGGGUUUCUCAAUUGGAUGGGAUUACAAAAGUUGUUCAUGACGGGUCGAGUAUAA